UUUUAAUUGUUUUACAUUCACAGAUUAAAUAUGAAAUUCUUCGUUGCAUUCGUCGCUUUCGUCGCCGUGGCUGCGGCCAUGCCACACCAAAAACCCCUCUACAAUUUCGAUGCAGACCUUCAAGCUAUCAUUGAUGCCAUCCACCACCCCAGCACCGACCCAGCCACCGCUUUGCUUUUGCAAGAACAACUGGACACCAUCCUUGGCUUAUUGAAGCCUGAAGAAGAACCGAUUUCCGUUGACCCUGUCAUCGUCGAUGAAGCUGUGUCUGCCCCAAGCUCGUCUCUUGUUCAGAUUAUCAUCAAUGUUAAGCCUGGUGUUGCUGGUAACCCCGUUGUCGUAGAAUCUAGCCCUGUCAUCGUUCCAAGACCAGUACCCGAGGAAUCUAUUGACAUUCCCGAAGUCAAACCUGAUCCCGUAAUUGUGGUAGAAAAACCUGUUCCCGCUGAACCUGUUCUCGUUGCUCCUAUUGUUCCCACCCCCGUUGUGGUUCUCCCUGACAUCCUUAACUAAUAAUUUAUAAGCAAUCGAUAUUUUUUUAUUAAUAAACGAAAUGUGGAUAGAUCAGUGGUUUUUUAAAAGAUCGAAUUAUACUUCUUUAAUAAAA